AUGGGAUCCACGUCCGCCGCGUCGCUGAUUUCGCUCGCCGUACUCCUGCCGUUUCUUUUGCUCGUGGCAGCCAGCAGCGCAGGGCUGCCCAACUGCCCGACCAGCUGCGGCGACGUGAACAGCGUGCCGUACCCGUUCGGUAUCGGCGCCGGCUGCUACCACUCGCCGGGGUUCAACCUUACCUGCGACAGGACCCGCGACCCGCCGCGCCUGCUCCUCGGCGACGGCGGCGUCUUCCACGUGCUCAACAUCUCCCUCGCCAACGCCACCAUGCGCGCCGCCCGCAUCGGAGGCAUCAACAUCACCUCCCUCGACGGCCUCCGCGGCGCCGUCGACGGCCGCGCCGCGUGGCGGGGCCUCGGCGGCGACGGCGGGCCGUACGCGCUGUCGGACGGCAGCAACGAGCUGCUGAUCGUCAGGUGCUGCGACGUGCUCGCGCAGCUGACCGCAGGCGCGGGGGAAACCGGGAGCGGCAACGUCACCAUCAGCGGCUGCGCCUCCUUCUGCCCCGGCACGGCCUCCGGGCGCGCCCUGCUGUCCCUCAGCGACGGCCGGUGCACGGGCGUCGGGUGCUGCCAGAUGCCCAUCAGCAUCGGCCGUGCCUCCUACGACGUGCAGUACAGGCGGCUCGACGUGAGCCGGCCGCCGGAACAUGACCCCGCCGGGCUGCCCCUCGUGCUCAUCGCCGAGCAGGGGUGGCUCCGGCAGCAGGCUGCCUCCACCAGAGGCUCGCCGCUGCCCGUCAACCUCGAUGAGACGCCGGUGCCCGUGCUGCUGGGCUGGGCAAUCGGAUCAGCACCUCUCGGACAAGACGGUACGCUGCUCGACAAUUCGACCUGCUCCGGGAACGCCGCGCCCGGCCGCAGCGCUUGCAAGAGCCGCCACAGCUCGUGCCGCGACUUCGCCACGGCCGUUCGCAGCGGCUACGUGUGCGACUGCCAACAGGGCUACGCCGGAAACCCGUACCUUGCCAAAGGAUGCCAAGAUGUCAACGAGUGUGAGCGACCAGAAGACUACGGCUGCUUCGGCGAGUGCAUCAACCAGCCUGGAACGUUUCAAUGCCGGUGCCCGCCAGGCACCCAGGGAAACCAUACCCAACGCAAUGGCUGCGCCGUAUCUCCUCUGCCUCCGGCUUCCUCUUCUUCUACAGGUUUAAGCAUUGGUAUAGGGGUUAGUAGUGGUGUAGUUCUUAUACUUCUGGCUCUGCUCAUUGUCGUCCUCACUCGGAAGCAUAAGCAUCGUAGGGCUAAGAAACUGAGAGAACGGUUCUUCCAACAAAAUCGCGGGCAGCUGUUGCAACAACUGGUAGCUCAAAGGGCAGACAUCGCUGAAAGGAUGAUCAUACCAUUAGAGGAGCUUGAGAAAGCAACAAACAACUUUGAUAAAGCUCGUGAGCUUGGUGGCGGAGGGCAUGGCACCGUGUACAAAGGGAUUUUGUCCGAUCUCCAUGUUGUAGCCAUCAAGAGGUCAAAGAUUGCAGUAAAGAGAGAAAUUGAUGAAUUCAUAAAUGAAGUCGCUAUACUUUCUCAAAUAAAUCACAGAAACGUGGUGAAGCUUUUUGGAUGCUGCCUUGAGACAGAAGUGCCGCUGCUCGUCUACGAGUUUAUUCCAAAUGGAACACUUUACGACCAUCUUCAUGUCAUAGGACCAAGAUCAUUGUCAUGGCAGGAUAGGUUGAGGAUCGCAAUUGAGAUGGCCAGAGCUAUCGCCUAUCUUCACUCAGCUGUGUCAGUCCCUAUAAUACAUAGAGAUAUCAAGUCCACCAAUGUACUUCUUGAUGAUACUCUAACAUCGAAGGUUGCAGACUUCGGAGCUUCAAGGCACAUUCCAGUUGACCGAUCAGGCAUAACCACAAAAGUACAAGGAACUAUUGGAUACCUAGACCCUACUUACUAUUACACAAGGCGACUUACAGAAAAGAGCGAUGUCUAUAGCUUUGGGGUCAUUCUUGUAGAACUCCUUACUAGAAAGAAGCCAUUUUCAUACAUGUCCUUGGAAGAUGAAGGCUUGGUAGCACAUUUUGCCACUUUGCUUACAAAAGGAAGUUUGACAGACAUAUUGGACCUGCAAGUUUCCGAGGAGGGGGGCAAAGAAGUUGAAGAAGUGGCUGCAUUAGCUGCAACAUGCAUAACACUAACAGGUGAAGAUCGGCCCACAAUGAGACAAAUAGAGAUGGCGCUUGAGAGCAUCCAAGCAUCCGGAGGCCAUGUUGCUGCGAUUCAGAAAUCUGAGGAGGAUAUUAUAGAAAGGAAUUUGCCAACAACCCAAGGAGCAAGGAACAAUCAAGAGGUUACUCGAAUAUAUAGUUUGGAGGAUGAGUUCAUGUUAUCUGCAAGGUACCCUCGAUAGGUUUGGUUACCUUCUGUAGGCUGAACAGAUUAUACGAGUAACCAAAAGCUCAUUUCCCCCCUUUAAUCGUAAUGGUGUAUCGACUUUGUGCAGUGUAAGUAACAUAGCGUUGUCGUAUCAAGAAUAUUGAAAACUCAGAACACAUUCUUAAAAACAUGAG